ACGGAAGUGACGUCAGUGUUGACAUUCGUUUGCCAGGUAAAAUUGCUACCUGGAUUAUUGUGGGAGAUUAGCAGGAUAUGGAUUAACGAGGGCGUCCACCCUUAGGUGAUCCUGGAUUAAUGACUAACUAAGAUGUAGGAUCGGCGAAGCGGGACAGGUAUGAUUGUGUAUCGCGACGAGAUGGAGAAGUGGACCCACACCUGUGUCCUGUGGCUCUGCGUUAUUGGGUCAGUGUGUGGACAGUGCUACGACCACCCGCUACACAUCACCAUCAGACAGACCACAAGCAUCUCACUCCCCACCCACGCAGGACACUAUGGCAGGGACUUACGCUGUCUGUGGAACCUGACUUCAGGAAGUGGUGAUCCUCUGCAACUGGAGUUCGAGACCUUCUCUCUGCAGGACUCCCCUGACUGCAUCAACGACUACCUCGAGAUCUACUCCAGCAGCGGGGACCUCGUGGACCGCUGGUGUGGUGAUCUCUACCCAGAGUACAUUGUCAUUACCAGUGGGAGCAUCAUCUUCCACAGCGACGACAGGGUUGGCGAAAGAGGAUUCGUCAUCAACGUCAAGUAUACGUUUGCCACCUCCUUCCAAAAUGUCCAGUUCCCAGUCAGGGCAACCUCCAAACCCCAACUGUUCUAUGUUCCAUUCUAUGGAGAAAGCCAUCAAAAACAGCUGAGAUUUUCCUGGAAGGUGACAAGAACUGAAGCGACUCAGCUCACACAGGUUCAUUUCCAGGCCUUCUGUGAUUACGCCCACACAGUUCACAUCACAGAGGCGAACCAGACAUCUAAUCUUCUGUUCCACCAGUGUGCCUAUCCUUCCCAUCAGGCCAUAGUGAGUGCCACGCCCCAGCUCACAAUAUCUGUCAAGAUGCCCUCACAUGGGACCAAGCAACGCUUCCGUUUGUCUAUCUCAGCUGUUUCCAACUAUACAUCCGAGUGUGAUGGAAGUGAAGUAGUUCAUCAGGUGUCUGUGACCAAGAAUCCACAGUACAUCAUUGUUCCAUGGUCUGUUCACGGCCUGAUGUUGACAAUGAAGAAAGCUUGUCACUGGCACGUCUUCACUGAUCUGGUGGACCAUGUGGUUGUCAUGGAGAUGCUGGUGUAUGACCCGCCCAAUGGAGGACUCUGCUCUGACAACAGAAUCAACAUCUUCAAUGGGGCAGACAACUCCUCCAUGCAGCUGGUGUCGGCAUGUGCAAUGUCGGACAUGUUUUCACGAGUGGUCAGCCCUGAGAUGUUUAUAGAGUCGACCAUCCUCUCCACACCCUACUCCCAGAAGUCAGCCUAUGUGAUGAAGAUACAAGCCAGCCCAGAGUGUGAGGCUGGAGUGCGAACCCUCGCCGCAACAACUCUCCGUUCCUACACAGUCAUGGAAUACAACAGGGCCUCAGAGUGUAUCUGGCAUGUCAAGAUGAGGAACAGCAGCAUGAAGAUGCUUGACGCGGGAGUUACCUACCCUGGAGCCGCUUCCUUCAACCCAUCUGUCGUUUGCCCUGACAAUGCCACCUACAUACAGGUGUACACAGCAUCAGCUGAGCUGGCACAGUACCAGGUCCCCAAGUUGUGCCCACUCUUGAACAGCCAAGAGUACCGUGUCUAUGGAACAGCGCUGUAUCUACCCACGCUCCCGGAAGUAGACAUGCCACGCAGUGUCGUGCCACUGUAUUACUACGCCUCACAAGGUAUCUGUGAUCAAGAUAAAAUAGUCGACCUUCAGGUGACCUUGGAAGAACAAUCGUUGUAUUCUCCGAACUAUCCAAACACCUACUGGCCACAUGAGCUGUGCCAGUGGCGACUCACUUCCUUCAGCCCAUACUACCAUGUGGCCUUCAUGGUGUCCCAGUUCACAUCCCAGUCCCCUGUCACCUUCUGUACCUCCUCCCAGGAUCACAUAGCUUUCUUUGAUGGCCCAUCGACCAGCUCGCCCAGUCUGGCAUGGCGCUGUGCAGGCUUCGACACGGUCUGGAUCCAGUCCUCUAGCAGAUCUGUAUAUGCUGAGUUCAAAUCUUACAUCGGGAAUACAGGAAAGUUUAACAUCAAGUACAAGGCUGUCCGAAAAGAUUCCUCCUGUGACAAGGAACUCCAGGGAAGUUCUGUUGCCCAGAACCUGUCAUCGUCGGGCUUCCCCACAGGCCCGGUCUGGCCCUCUGAGUGCUGGUGGAGGAUCAUAGCAGGGCAGGAGGACAAUGUGGUUAACAUAAGUGUGCUGGAAACCAACCUCUUCCAAGACUACUACUGCACCAACAGCUACGUGGAGGCAUAUGAUGGAAAAGAUUCAUCUGAGGGUUUGAUCAUCAAGUGGUGCAGUACAUCAACCCCGAUGUUUCUGAGCACUGGCAAAUACCUGUUCUUGAGGCUCCAUUCUAGCUCAAACGUAGACAAGGGCUUCCUGUUAACAUACACCUCCACUGAAGCUGUUAUCUCUCCAUGUGGAACGUCGCUGACAGCGUACAACCAUGUGUCCUUUCUGUCCAGCCCAGGCUACCCAGAAAACUACAAGAAUCAUUUAGACUGCCGCUGGGUUGUCCGUGCCAUGUCCGGCUUCAAAACGGUGAAGAUUGAGGUGACUGACGCCCAUCUUGAGUAUGACUGUUCCUUUGACAAUGUCACCAUCUAUGAUGGGCAGGACAUGUCAGCUCAGUUGAUAGGAGUGUUUUGUGCCAGCAACCGUCCCACUCUUCAGUCCUCAGGAAUGUUCAUGUUCAUCCGCUUCCAGACAGACAGUUCCCGAACUCACAAGGGCUUCCAGAUCAAGUACUAUGAAACUGAAGAUAAAACAGCCGAGAAUGUGUGUAGCAAGGAUCUGACAUCUUAUCAGGAUCCUAAAUACCUCCAGUCCCCUGGCUACCCAAACUCCUACCCAAGUAACCUUGAAUGCUGGUGGAAGAUCACUGCGUCUGAUCCCUCAGGGCAGGUCCAAAUUACAGUGUUCCGAUCAGGAAUCGAGAGCAGCAUCAGAUGCACAAAUGACUACGUUGCUGUACAUGAAGGUGAUCGUGAGGGCCGAGAGCUGGGACGGUGGUGCGGACAGGACACGACGACUUACGUGAGCGCCGGCAGGUCGAUGUUCCUGCUGUUCAAGACCAACAUGGACACAACUGGCAUGGGCUUCCAGCUGCAGUACUUCACCACAAAAGCUUGUGCAGCCGGCCAUGUCUCUGAGCUGCAAGUUCGCCUGGUACCCGACUACAUUGAAUCACCCAGCUACCCUGACAACUACCCCAAUGAUGUGAGCUGUUCCUGGAGACUACGAACCAACGUCUCCUCUUACAUCCGCAUAACUGUCUUGAACUCAGACAUUGAAUCCAGUGAAAACUGUCGAUUUGACUACUUUGCAGCCUAUGAUGGAGCCACUGAGUCCUAUCCAAGUCUCAAUAAGUGGUGUGGCUAUGACACUCCAACUGUUUCCUCCAGUGGUCCCGUUCUCUUCUUAAAGUUCCGUACAGAUGGUUCAGGAAACAAAAAAGGCUUCCGGCUGGAGUAUGUGGGAGUCAACACUGGCUACUAUGAUGCUCCCUCUUCCACGACGUCCCUCAAGGCGGGUACUAUUGCCGGUGUUGUCUGUGGCUGUGUUGUCGUCACCUCCAUCCUCAUCAUUGCCAUGAUUGUCAUCAUUCGCCGCCGACAGAAGAAUCAACAGAAUGCUGACCUGAGUGGAAGAAGGUCAGGGUCACGCUGGCGGAGUCGGUCAUACCGAGAGCAGCCAUGGGAGGUGAACCAGGUGUUUUAUUCUGGGGAGUCUGCGGGCUACAUAACAGCCCCACCCCCCUACAGCCUGGUUGCAGGGUCACAUAUUCCCCAUGAUCCCCCAACCCCUUACCCCGCAGCUGAGUUUACUCUCCCAUUGAAGGACGAGGACGAAGAGCAAACACCACCUUAUGAUGCACCUAGAGAUGACACUGGUAACUCAACUGGUAGAGAGGACAUCUCUCCUGGUACACACGGCUCUGACAGACAGUGUGGGAGUCCAAGAGUCCAGAGAGAUGCGGAGGAUAGUUCGGACAAGCUGGAUGGUUGUGUCCAGCCACGUUUCAGACAGACUGGUGGGUCUGGGCUGGGGCGGGCUACAAGUGUCGAUAACCUGGUGCCUCGUCACAAACCUCUCAGUGUUGCUUCUUCAGUUGUUCUGCCUGAGAUAACAUCACAGAAUCGAGCAGUGAGUGUGGGUGACCUGUUGUUAGGAGGAGCUACAGGUCAAGGCUUCCACUGCCAGACUUCCCAGUCAGAGACAGUACUUAACAGAGGGCUGGAUUCACCUGGUGCCAAUGAAGGACAAAGUCGACAUCCACGGUCAAGGCAUCGACUAGAAAGACAGUCCCCAAGACACAAGCAGUGCGGCUCAACCACAAACACUGCCCCUGCCCGUGGGCUUCAUGGGGCAUCAGCGCCUAAUGUUUCAGGGGCAUCUGAACAGGCAGGAUCUAAUCACCGGUAUACGCAGAGACGACAUCUCACUGACAAGGCGAGGGAAAAGCGUGGGAAUCUAAGAUCAGAAUUUAAGGCAAUGAGAGAACGGUCACGUUCCCACGACAACCUGACAAGUGACAGAUUGUUGUCCAAUGCUACUCGGAAUCCAAGGUGGUCUGUGGCAUCAGAGGGCUACAGGAAUGACGGUUGGUCCGAAAAUCCCAGUGGUAGAUUUGGGGAGGCCAGGUAUGACAAUCCGUUGUUCUCUAAUGCAGAUAUCAAGACUAGUCGAUCCAGAAUGUCACACGGAUGCGUCGGGUCACUUACUGGUGAUAGAAUGGACAAUGCUGGUUCCAUGUUGGCCAGCAGAGACAGGAGGCUAGCAGGUGAUGUCAAUGUGGAGACAGAUGAGGAUCUAGAACCCAGUUUUGUAAACAGAAAUCUCAGCCUGGAGCAAGAGGAAGCACACAAUACAAACCGGCUCCGUACCACAGAGACAUCAGUGUAGGUCAAGCGAAGACAUAUGGGGCAGCUGUAUUAGACCAGGUACAUGUGAACACGACUCAGCAGCAGGUUUCUGUGAACACGUCAUGUCUGCAGCAAGUCCGUGUGAACAUGUCAUGUCUGCAGCAAGUCCGUGUGAACAUGUCAUGUCUGCAGCAAGUCCAUGUGAACAUGUCAUGUCUGCAGCAAGUCGAUGUGAACAUGUCAUGUCUGCAGCAAAUCCGUGUGAACAUGUCAUAUCUGUAGCAAGUCCAUGUGAACAUGUCAUAUCUGCAGCAAGUCCAUGUGAACAUGUCAUGUCUGCAACAAGUCCAUGUGAACAUGUCAUGUCUGCAGCAAGUCCGUGUGAACAUGUCAUGUCUGCAGCAAGUAUGUGUGAACAUGUCAUAUCUGCAGCAAGUCCGUGUGAACAUGUCAUAUCUGCAGCAAGUCUGUGUGAACAUGUCAUAUCUGCAGCAAGAAAGAGAGAUUGCCUCCCCUUCUAGCUUCAUUGUCUGUUUUCACCUUCCAAAGUGUUAUCUAGAAUGAUGACUGUGAAGACAUUUGUGGUAUGAUUAUUUCACUGAAUGCAGCUUUUGUUUUGUUAAUGAAAUUUUGCAUCUGAUUUUUGUGUCUUCCAAUAAAGUGUCUAAAGGUGGAUCACAAAAACCCAUGUCACCUAGUUUUAUCUGACAUGAUGGUGACAUACAGCAAAGCCUUUGCGUGAUGUGUGUUGUAUAUCACUUUAUAGAACACUGUGUAAUGUGACAAUGUGUGAUAAAUGUAGGAUGUGUGAUACAGAAGUUUAUAUGCAGUGGAUGAUGUAAGAGAUUCAGUUACAGUGUUUGAUGUAACAGUUUAUGUAACAAUGUUUGAUAUAAGUUUCUGUGAGUGUUUGAUGUAACACUGUAUAGGAGGGUGUUUGAUGUAACACUUUAUAGGACAGUGUUACAUGUAAGAGUUUGUGUGAGUGUUUGAUGUAACACUGUAAAGGACGGUGUUACAUGUAACAGUUUCUGUGACAGUGUUUGAUGUAACAGUUUAUAGGACAGUGUUUGAUGUAACAGUUUCUGUGACAGUGUUUGAUGUAACACUUUAUAGGACAGUGUUUGAUGUAACACUGUAUAGGACAAUGUUUGAUGUAACACUUUAUAGGACAGUGUUACAUGUAACAGUUUCUGUGAUAGUGUUUGAUGUAACACUGUAUAGGACAGUGUUUGAUGUAACAGUUUCUGUGACAGUGUUUGAUGUAACAUUUUAUAGGACAGUGUUACAAGAAACAGUUUCUGUGACAGUGUUUGAUGUAACAGUUUCUGUGACUGUGUUUGAUGUAACACUUUAUAGGACAGUGUUUGAUGUAACACUUUAUAGGACAGUGUUUGAUGUAACACUGUAUAGGACAGUGUUUGGUGUAACACUUUAUAGGACAGUGUUUAAUGUAACACUGUAUAGGACAGUGUUUGAUGUAACAGUUUCUGUGACAGUGUUUGAUGUAACAGUUUCUGUGACAGUGUUUGAUGUAACAGUUUCUGUGACAGUGUUUGAUGUAACACUUUAUAGGACAGUGUUUGAUGUAACACUUUAUAGGAUAGUGUUUGAUGUAACAGUUUCUGUGACAGUGUUUGAUGUAACACUUUAUUGGACAGUGUUUGAUGUAACUCUUUAUAGGACAGUGUUUGAUGUAACACUGUAUAGGACAGUGUUUGGUGUAACACUUUAUAGGACAGUGUUUGAUGUAACACUUUAUAGGACAGUGUUACAUGUAACAGUUUCUGUGACAGUGUUUGAUGUAACACUUUAUAGGACAGUGUUUGGUGUAACACUUUAUAGGACAGUGUUUGAUGUAACAGUUUCUGUGACAGUGUUUGAUGUAACAGUUUCUGUGACAGUGUUUGAAUGUAACAGUUUCUGUGACUGUGUUUGAUGAGACAGUGUUUUAUAUAACAUUCUAUAUACGUCAUUUCACCAUGUUCUAUACAUUGUGUAUAGU